AUGAUCGGUCCUAUUGAAGCAUGUGGGUAUGUGCUUCCUUAUCAUGAGGCUUUACUAACACCGAGUUGCCCUCUCGGGCCCGAGGAGUGGACGCCCGAUUCGGGCAUUCUGGCAUUCCAUAUAGCUCUCGCGAAUCUCAAAGAUGCGAUGAAACUUUGGCGUGGUGUCAUGUCUCCCGUGCAUCGCUGUCCGAACCUGCGACCUCGCGUCGAGACAAUAACCAUCGCUAUUGAAGUAGAGGGAGUGAUGGUAAAAGAAACUUCCGGCACUCUAGCCGGUGAGUCGGGUCAUCAUUUUCGCGUCUUAUCGAACCUCACCGGUUCUCCAUCUCUUCCAUCGGGUUUCAUCAGGGGUUUGCAGUGGUGGUGCCAAGCUGGGUUUUUGCAGGAUUCUCAAGUGUAUUUCUCAGUCCCUAAAAGAUGGCUUUCCCUCUCCUUUUCUAAAGAAGUUCCUAGCUGGGCGAAACUGAAGCAUCGCACUCCACGCAUUUAUGCCCACCUACCUGACCCGUUUAAGGGAUCCGGUAAUAAGUUCUCGAGAGCUGUUGACCAGGAAAUAACGAUGAGGUCGGCUUGCCGGUGUACCGAAGUUUGCAGUCUAUUCAUAGUACCUAAACGCUUCAACGUUCCGCCGCUUCAACCAACACGAGAUUCUCAUGAGCUUCUCCGACAUGCUAAGGGGCGAGAAAAGCUUGACGCUCCACAGUCACACGUCCCUUGCAACAUCGCGAGCAAUGCGAAAAUGAGAAGGGAUCGCGACAACGGAAUCGUAUUGAGGCUUGAACCAGCUGAAAGAUUGUUGACACUCAUACGAACGUUCACCAUGCAUUCAUUUCCUGGAUCACGAUGCAAGACGAGUGAAGCGCUAAUUUGUUUCAGUACGUUCAUUCAGGAGGGCAAGUAUAAAGAUACGGAAUUUCUUUCGCAGAGAGUUCUCUUCACUCAAGAACAUCCUCACCAAGUCACUCUUUGA